AUGGCCAUUCUUUCACGAAGCCUCUGGGCUGUUGCUCAGCUUGCUCUCAGUGCAUCGGCAGCUUCAUUUCCUCCGACACCUGAAGGCUUGACGAUCGUCAAGUCAGAGAAGUUUGCAGGUGUUUCAAUCUCUUAUAAAGAGACUACAAUAUGCGAGACCAGCGAAGGUGUCAAAGGCUACAGCGGUUAUGUGCACCUCCCACCAGCACCAGAAUAUAACCGCAACUACACAAGUAAUAUGUGGUUUUGGUUUUUCGAAGCUCGUAACAGUUCCAAUGAAGCUCCCCUCUCCGUCUGGCUUCAGGGUGGCCCUGGCGUGCCCUCUAUUACGGCAGCCCUCGGCGAGAACGGACCCUGCAAGGUCCUCGACGACUCCAGGUCGACGGAGAACAACCCAUGGUCUUGGAACGACAAGGUCAACAUGCUGUACCUCGACCAGCCGAUCCAAGUCGGCUUCUCGUAUGAUACACUUACGAAUGGCACAAUCGAUCUGGUGAAGACGCCCUUUAACUUCGAGCCCGCAGACUUCUCGGAUGGUGUCCCGGAGACGAACCUGACGUUCCUCACCGGCACAUUCGGCUCGAAAGACAAGAGCAAAGCGUGGAACACAACCAUAGCCGGUGCUCCCGUCAUGUGGGAGUUUAUGCAGGCCUGGAUCCAAGAAUUCCCGGAAUACAAGUCCCCCACCAACAGCAUCAGCUUCUGGGGAGAGUCGUACGGCGGACACUACGUUCCCGCGUACGCAAACUACUUCGCCGAGCAAAACGAGCGCCUCGCCGCUAAGAAUUGCACUUCGGAAGCCGAGAUCCAGAUCCCUAUCGACACCGUCGGCCUGGUGAAUGCCUGCAUCGACCACAGCAUCCAAACCCCCUUCUAUCCAGAGUUUGCUUUCAACAAUACCUACGGGAUCCAAGCCAUCAACGAAUCCUACUACCAAUCCGCCAUCGCAGCUUUGCCGACCUGCCGCAACCUCAGCGCGACCUGCGUGACUCUCGCAGACGCGCACGACCCACAGGGCUACGGAAACGUGGCCGAAGUCAACAAAGCCUGCCUCACAGCUUACUCGUACUGCUUCGCCGCCCUGCACGACGGUUACAACGCAAGCGUCAACUACUUCGACAUCGCCGCGCCCAAGUACCCCAUCGCGUUCCCCUCCAAGACCCCCGCCGGGUACCUCAACAGCGCAGAGGUGCAGGCCGCGCUCGGCGUCCCGCUCAACUUCACCGGAAACUCGGUACCCAUCUCGGAGGGCUUCUAUAUGACGGGCGACUUCGUCCGCGGCCACGGGCUCGCUGCGCUGCGCAACUUGCUCCACAAAGGCGCCAACGUCGCCCUCGUCUAUGGCGACAGAGACUACCAGUGCAACUGGCUGGGCGGUGAGGCUAUCAGCGAAGCCCUCGCCGACGGCGCCACGGGCUUUUCCUCCGCAGGCUACGCCCCCAUCGCGACCAACGCCUCCUACUCCGGCGGCCUAGUGCGACAAGCCGGCAAGCUGUCCUUCUCCCGUGUCUUCCAGGCCGGCCACGAGGUGCCGUACUACCAGCCCGAGACCGCGCUCGCCAUCUUCAACCGCGUGAUGUUUGGCGCGGACGUCGCCACAGGCACAGUGGAGGCGGAAGGGUAUGUGUCUGCGGGGGAGGUGUCUGCGUGGAGCGAGAGCGAGAUGCCGCCGGCGGAGGAGGCGGCGAAGUGCUAUGUGUGGGACAUCAUGGAGACGUGUACGAAGGAUGAGACGGCGGUGUUGGCGAGUGGGAAGGCGGUGACGGAGGAUUUCAUGCUCGUCGGAAAGGUGGAGUAG